UUCCCCGCACAGCUGAAGAGAAAGCACUGAGGAAAGGCGAUCUCUUAAUUCCCAAAGACAAGCAGCGGCUAGUCAUGGAUUUGAAUCUCACGAGACAAUCACUUUCCAAAGCCAUUACUGCAUUUGGUCUGGAUCUUUACAAUAAGUUAAAUUCCGGUGACAUUUGCAAAAAUAUUUUUUUCUCCCCUACAAGUAUGUCAACUGCCCUGGGCAUGGUUUUAAUUGGUGCAAGUGGAAAUAGUAAAAUGCAGAUUGAAAAGGUGCUACACUUUGCUAAAACCCGUAGAGGGGCAGGACCACUUGAUUCUGAAAGAAGAGUGGCAGAGGUUGUGCCAGAAUAUGGGAGAGAAGGUGCUUUCUCUCUCCCAGCGGAAGGGGCAAUUUAUUCAGAGUUCAAGCAACUCCUGAUUCAGCUGAAUAACCUCAGCCAUGGUUACCAGCUGAAGCUGGCCAAUAGUUUGUUCAUGCAGAAAGGAUAUCAAUUUCUCCAGCAAUAUCUCACACGUACCAAAGAAAUCUAUAAUGCUACACUACAGACAGUGGAUUUUUUUAAUGCUGCUGAAGAAACAAGGGAGACAAUUAACCUUGAGGUUUACAGGCAGACCCAAGGAAACAUUAAGGAACUUUUUGCUCCUGGUGUGAUUGGGCCACAAACUGUGCUGGUGCUGGCAAAUGCCAUCUACUUUAAAGCAACCUGGCAACAUCAGUUUAAUCCACAUUAUACGACUGAAAGGAAGUUUAGGCUGAAUGAGAAUGAAACUAAAUCUGUGUACAUGAUGUAUCAGAAAGGGAGAUUUAAACUGGGACACACAGAUGAAAAAAAUGGCCAGAUCCUGUGCCUUCCAUAUGCCGGUGAAGUUUUGUCCAUGUUUAUAAUACUACCAAAUGACAUCAGCCAUCUGGGGCAGGUUGAGGCUGCAAUGACCUGCAAGAAUCUCACUCACUGGCUUUCUCCAGAAAACCUGAGGGAGCAUAACGUGGAAAUAUAUAUGCCUCGCUUCACGUUAGAAGCCUGCUAUGAUCUCAACCUGACAUUGCAAGGACUGGGUCUAACUGAUGUAUUCAGCGAAGCAAAAGCUGACCUCUUGGGAAUGUCCUCCUCCCGCCAACUCUUCUUGUCCACAGUCGUUCACAAAGCUUACAUGGAGGUCAAUGAAGUAGGGACUGAAGCAGCAGCUGCAGCAGGUGUUGCAAUCUCCAACAGAUCCUUAGAACACUAUGAAUUAUUUGUGGCUGAUCACCCCUUCCUCUUCGGCAUUCUGCACAACCCUACCAACACUAUUCUUUUCCUGGGGAAACUCUGCUCUCCUUGAAACUCAAAUGGUUUUUUUUCUUGAAGCUUAUUAAAGCAUACUGCAAAGCACACAUUUCUUUGGAGUCACUUGAUUAUAACGGCAGCGCUCCAAAUAGCUCUUGAUGGCUGGGCCUCACAGUACCUUGAAGGGUCACCUAGAGCAGGGCUAUUCUUAUGUUAUGAAUAGAAUGACUAUUGCUACUUCGUUACAGCUGGUUGAAUUCUAGACCUGAAAAAAAUGGGCUAUGCUACAACAGCUUAAUAACUGCCACAAAGAGAAAUGUUUAGCACACAGAAAAAAGGA